UUGUAUCAAAAGGUUUAGGCCUUAACAACGACCAGAUGGGUACUGUAGCAACUAAGAAUGUCUUUACAGGUUCUAGAUCUGCUUUAUCUUUUCGGUUUACCUAACUGAGCAAGACAAAAGCCCUAUUUAGAACUUACAAACAGAUAAUAAUAGGCGCUCGUUAAGUUCAUAAGUUAAAAUGUUCGUUGAAAGUAUUUUUCAAAAUGCAGUAAAAAACGACUGUUGACACCGCUGACCACUAAGCAAUAUAAUUAACUAUGGCCGAAAUUUCUAUAUCAAGAAAAAAAGAUUAUGUAAGAAAAUCCCUCUUAUGUAAUAAAACUAAAAGUUUAUUGUGAAUUAUUGAUAAAACGUUUGAAAUUCUAUGCAUUGCACUAUAUGUACUUGUUCAAAAAUGAAAAGAAAGUUACUUUACGUUGGGUCAAUGGUAACCGGUACAGCUAUUUGUGUUCUGGGUGCAGUUGGUGGAAUGUCUGAAGGUAGUCCGGCAGUUACAGGUCAAGCUGUUGUGAGGUUUACAAGAACUGCCUUCACGGUUGCUCAAAUAAGUUAUGAUUAUAAGAAGACACUUUGGGGAUUAGAUGGAUCAUCUGAACUAUGGGAUAAACUCAAAUCUCAGGUGCAUUCCAGGUCAGCUGAAAGACUUCGUAAUUUAUGCUGCAUUAAUGCUGGACUGUACAUAAAAAUUGGACAACAUCUAGGCUCUCUUGAUUAUUUGCUUCCUUGUGAAUAUACAAAAGUUCUUAAAGUUUUUCAUCAUUCUGCACCAAAAAGCUCAAUGGCAGAUAUUAAUUCCGUUUUUCAAAAAGAACUUGGAAGUUUUCCUGAAGAAAUAUUUGAAUAUUUUGAUACCGAGCCAAUUGGGUCAGCGUCCCUAGCUCAAGUUCAUAAGGCCAUUUUAAAGGAUGGUUGUUCAGUUGCUGUCAAGGUGCAACAUAAGGAUAUUCAUGAUCAUUCAACAAGUGAUGUGAAGACAAUGGAAUUUUUAGUAAACCUUGUGGCAAGACUGUUUCCAGAAUUUCAAUUUAUGUGGAUUGUCGAGGAGACAAAGAAAAAUUUGCCAUUGGAACUUGACUUUCUUCAUGAGGGAAAGAACUCAGAAAAACUGCAAGAAAGGUUUUCAAAAUUAGACUUUUUAAAGAUUCCUAAAGUUUAUUGGAACUAUUCCAGCAAAAGAAUUCUGACGAUGGAAUUUUGUGAAGGUGGUCACGUUAACGAUUUCGACUACAUGAAGUAUCAUAACAUUUCUUCCAAAGAGGUUUCAAGUAAAGUUGGCAAGAUAUACAGCGAGAUGAUAUUUGUACAAGGUUAUAUACAUUGUGAUCCCCACCCUGGAAAUAUAUUGAUUCGAAAGAACAGCAGGAAGGAUGUGGAAAUUGUCUUGCUAGAUCACGGUCUAUAUCAAGUACUAACGGACGACUUAAGAAUAAACUAUUGUAAACUUUGGCAAGCAAUUAUGUCAGCUGACUUGGAAGGGAUAAAAGAGUAUAGUAGGAGAAUGGAUGUUGAGGAAUACUAUGGGAUAUUUGCGUGUAUGCUGUCUGCAAGAACAUGGAACACAGUCGUAGGCGGUAUUAGAAAUAAUACAGCACUGUCAAGAGAUGAGCUCCAAGAAUUGCGAGAAUCUAUAGCGACGAAUCUAAAUCAUAUUUCAACCGUUUUAAACCGCAUUCCUCGUCAACUGUUACUUAUUUUUAAAACGAACGAUCUUCUUCGCAAUAUCGACCAUCAACUACAUACCAGCUCUUCUUUCAUCUCCUUUGUUACUAUGUCCAAAUGUUGCGUCGAAGCUGUUGCUAGAGACGAGUUAAAGAAAUGUAGGACAUCGUUCCAACGUUUUAUGGUGUAUAGCCGCUGGACACUUGAUUAUACUCGUAUUCUUAUAUAUCAAAUUGGCGCUCACGAAUUUUCAAUUUCCCGUGAAGUAUUUGCAUCCUUCGUUGCAAAUCUGCUGAGUUGUUUUAUUGUGUCUGCAUUCUUUGCUUCAAAGUGACAAGCGAUAUUGUGUCAUUUAUGUGGGGGGAAAAGACAAGUUUUUGGACAGUAUUAUUUUAUAUAUUUGAAAAUUUUUACAAAUAAUUUAUUUUCUUUCAUUCUUAUUGAAAAAGUCCAUGAAUUACUUGCGAUGGUUGUACGACUUAGAGAAACAGAAAAACUUUCAGUCAAUCACUGCGGGAUUUUUGUCAAAUAUUUAAAAAACAUGUGUUAAUUUGGGAACGAUAAACUGAAUUAAAACUCACCGGCCUUCUACAAAUGAAA